GUGAACGGAGGAGAGGCGAUGCUACCGCUCCUGAUACCCUGCGCUUAUUCUCCCUCAUCGUCUUCUUCGCUCCUGUUCUCCGUCUUAACGCUUCCCAGGCCGUACGGGGACUGACAGAACCCGCAUCCAGACACACACGCACACACACACCCAGAGGAGGAAUUACGCACAGAUCCGAGCCGGUCCCGGACCUCCAUUGGCAAACAUCAGUGGGCUCCCAUGAGUCCACUCUGCCUCCACCUCUGCAUCGUUUCCACCGCUCAAUAUCCAGCCAGGGCAACAGAGAGCCUGGCAGCGAGCCCCAGUUGUGGCCGGUGGGCAUGGUUUUGGAGGGUAGCUCAGAGGCGCUGUGUCCCCCGCCAUCUCUGGAGCUGCGCCCAUCCUGCAAUAAGAGCCAGCCCUCGCCUCCUCUGGGCUCAAGCUCACAACCCCACGACGGAGUCUUCCCUGAGGACAAGGAGCCCGUCAAGUACGGCGAGCUCAUCGUCUUAGGGCACAAUGGGUCUCUGGCCAAUGGGGACAAGGGUCGUAGAAGAAGUCGCCUGGCCCUGUAUAAGAGACCUAAAGCCAACGGGGUCAAACCUGAUGUUAUCCACAAUGUCUCAACCCCUCUGGUGUCAAAGGCACUCAGCAACAAAAGCCAGCACAGCAUCUCCUACACACUGUCACGGAGCCACUCUGUCAUUGUGGAGUACACCCAUGACACCAACACAGAUAUGUUUCAGAUUGGCCGGUCCACAGAGAGCAUGAUCGACUUUGUGGUGACGGACACAGCAGGCAGUGGCAGCGGUCAGGGCGGGGGCGGGGGUGCAGCAGGCGAAGGUGGCGGCGGAGGCCAAUCGGCCCAGAGCACCAUCUCCCGCUACGCAUGCCGCAUCAUGUGCGAACGCAGCGCUCCCUACACGGCCCGCAUCUACGCAGCCGGCUUUGACUCCUCCAAGAACAUCUUCCUGGGGGAGCGGGCUGCCAAAUGGAGGACGUCGGAUGGCUUGAUGGACGGCCUGACCACCAACGGGGUGCUGGUGAUGCACCCAGCAGGGGAGUUUGUGUCUGAGCCGGCUCCGGGAGUCUGGAGGGAAAUCUCAGUUUGUGGAAACGUCUUCGCCCUGAGGGAGACUCGCUCAGCCCAGCAGAGGGGAAAACUGGUUGAAAAUGAGUCCAAUACUCUCCAGGACGGUUCUCUGAUUGAUCUGUGUGGGGCCACCCUGCUGUGGAGGACUCCCGCCGGACUGCGCCACACCCCCACCCUCAAACAGCUGGAGUCCCUUCGUCAGGAGCUGAAUGCCGCCCGCCCUCAGUGUCCUGUGGGCUUCAACACCCUGGCCUUCCCCAGUCUGGCCCAGCGUGAGAUUGUUGACAAGAAGCAGCCCUGGGUCUAUGUCAACUGUGGCCAUGUACACGGCUACCACAACUGGGGCUACCGUAAGGAGAAGGGUCCCGCUGGACCCGGGGGCACGGCACCAGCCAGCACCGGGGAGAGGGAGUGCCCCAUGUGCCGGCGGGUGGGCCCCUACGUGCCGCUGUGGCUGGGCUGUGAGGGAGGAUUGUACCUGGACGCCGGGCCGCCCACUCACGCUUUCUGCCCCUGUGGUCAUGUAUGCUCAGAAAAGACAGUGGUGGGGUGGAGCCAGAUCCCACUACCCCACGGCACCCAUGCCUUCCAUGCUGCCUGCCCCUUCUGUGGUACCUGGUUGACAGGAGAGCAGGGCCACAUCAAACUCAUCUUCCAGGGCCCCGUUGACUGAAGCCCAUAGCUAGGAGCCGCUCAGAGGAAAGUGAUGGUGGAUUGGGCAGAGGUGGACAUGCUGAGUAAAGACUGUGCUAGAACAAAAUCUGAACACUCAAGUGUGGGAUAAAGAGAAAGCACUGAUGACAAGUACAGGGAAAGGACUGUUGACAAGAUGAACUGAAAGUGCCAUGCAAUAGUAGAUUGCCAAGGCUUCAAAUGGAAUAUGAGGUGUAUGGAGAAUAUGUAAAUAAAUUGUGUUGAAAUGA